UAUACAAUGAAUAAAAAAUCCACACUGAAUUGUAAAAAAUGUUUCAAAUAACUUUUAUAAUUGCAUUAAUUCAUGUUAUUUAUUGUCCAUUCACCAAAGUGGAAGAAAGUUUUAACCUACAAGCAAUACAUGAUUUGUUAUAUUUAAGGGAAAAUUUUACACAGUAUGAUCACCAUGAAUUCCCGGGUGUUGUUCCUAGAUCGUUUAUCGGUCCAUUAUUUAUAUCAUUUUUAUGUGGACCAAUUGUUUGGGGUAUUGAAUUAUUAGAUUUAAGCAAAUUUUGGUCUCAAUAUAUCGUACGUUUAACAUUGGCCUGUUGUGUUCUUGCAUCAUUAUAUAUAUUCCUACGUACAUUAAAAAAUAUUUUUGGACAGAAAUGGGUAAAUUGGUUCCUUACAAUUACUGUGACUCAGUACCAUUUUAUGUACUACUUAAGUCGACCACUGCCAAAUAUAAUGGUAUUACCAUUAGUUCUAUUGGCUGCAAGUAGUUGGAUGAAUCGUCAACAGGCACGGUUUAUAUUUUUCUCAGGCGCAGCAAUUAUUAUUUUCCGUGCAGAAUUAGCAAUGUUUUUAGGUUUUUUACUUUUACAUGACAUAUAUUUUAAAUCAAUGUCCAUUAAACGACUGCUUGAGUUAACGAUUCCAGCUGGUAUUUUAUUUUUAUCAAUAACUGUUAUCAUUGAUUCAUUUUUUUGGCAACGUUUACUAUGGCCAGAAGGUGAAGUAUUUUGGUUUAAUACCAUAUUGAAUAAAAGUUCGGAAUGGGGUACUCAACCAUUUUUAUGGUAUUUCUAUUCAGCUAUACCUCGAGGAUUGGCUACAUCUGUCUUCCUAGUUCCAAUAGGUUUUUUCCUCGAUUUAAGAGUACGGCGAUUGGUAUGGCCUGGUGUGGUUUAUAUAUUUUUAUUUUCAUUUUUACCACACAAAGAACUUCGGUUUAUAAUUUAUAUUUUUCCAUUACUUAAUAUUGGGGCUGCAUCUGCUUGUCAUCGAUUGUGGGAAAAUCGUGGAAAAAGUACAUUAAAUACAUUUUUAGCAGUAGGAGUAUUAGGUCAUAUUGUUGCUAAUAUAUGUUUUACAUUAUUUUUAAUGUGUGUAUCUAGUACAAAUUAUCCGGGAGGUGCAGCUAUGUCUAGGUUACAUCGAAUUGCAGCAAAUGAUCAGAAUAUUAGCGUGCACAUAGACGUGCUGACAGCUCAAACGGGGGUAUCAAGAUUUACACAAAUUCGAUCAGAUUGGGUGUAUAAUAAAAGUGAAACCCUCGAGCCAGCAACUCCUGAUAUUUUACAAUUUACCUACUUACUAACAGAGGCUAGAAGUAAAUACUCUCCAAAUUUAAAACCAUAUUUACAAACACACGAAAUUAUCGAAUCCAUCGAUGGAUUCUCACAUAUUUCAUUGAACUACAAUUUUCUAUCACCAAUAAAAAUUAAAACAAAGCCAAUGAUUUUCAUUUUAAAACGUAAAGAAAACGCCACGAUAAAUCUGAACGAUAAAUUUAAUUUGGAAAUUGAUGAGUCUGUUGAAAUAAAUUCAAAGGAUUUUGAGGAUAAAUCGGACAGAAUAAUUAUUGAGUCACCAAGUUCCCAAGAAUCGAAAGAAUCCGAAUUAAUUAAAAUUGAAGAAGUAGACCAAAACAAAUCUGAAGUUGAUAAAGAAGAAGGACCGCCGGAUUCGAUUGAAGAAAUUUUAAUACGUGAAAUGAAAAGGCAGGAACAGAAUGAAGAAAAUCCAAUAGAAGAAGUUCGAUAUGAAGUGCCAUCCAACAUUCCUGUAAAGAAACCGAAAAAAUUGGAUAAAACUAAGCGACCUGAAGCUAAAUCACAAAUUAAUUUUGAGGUAGAGUCAAUUGAACGAAGCUUAACGAAGGAAAACAAAGUAAAAGAAAGUAAAAUAAAACGAGAGAAAAAAAAACGCACUGAAACAAAAAUAAAUACGCCUUCAAAUGAUUUUCCAGAAAUAAAUCAGACUAAAAUUUCAGAAAAUUCUGAACUAAAUAUUUCCCAAGAACUCAAUGCUUCAAAGAUAGAAAUAGUGGAUAAUUUUGAUAGCGAAGAAGUUUCAAUCCAAGAUGACACGUCUGAAGAGAUAAUUGAAACUGAAGAAAAUGCUGAGGAAAUUGAGACUAUUGAAGAAUAUAUAGAAGAAGUAUUAACUGAAAAAACAGACCAAGUUUCAACAAAAACUGAUAAAAAACCUAAAAUAGAUAAACAAAAAAUUAAGAAAUAUUUAGAAUUAAAAAUAAAAAAGAAUAAAGAUAGAAAACUUCCAAAAACUUCUAGUGUAUCAACAAAGGAAAAUAUUACAGGUUUUACCAAUAAAACUACAGUGGAAGAAAUUGUCCAUGAAAAUGAUCUCGAACAACAGUUAAAUAAUCUCUUACCAUUAGAUCAGCGGAAAUUAAAAAAAUAUUUAGAAUUAAAGAAGAAAAUUAAACAAACCAAUGAUAUUCCUAUAAUCGAAGCAGAUGAAGUAGCUCAAUCAAGUCAUUCAAAUUCAACGAAUAAAGACAAUUUAGAAGUUUCAGAUUUAGAAGUUACGGAGGAUGAGUUAAAUCGACUAGAUGCUAAUGAUCAAUUAAAAUUACGAGAGUUUCUUGAAGCCAUGGGUAGAAAAUUGAUCUUGAAAGAGUUAAAAAAUAUCAAUCGUGAAAAACUUUUAGACGAUUUACAAACGAAUGAAAUUAAGUCUGAAAAACACAAGACGAACGAGACUGUUAAAAUUUAAUGAGAAUAUAAAUAAAGUAGUUAUUUUUUUGGCUUUGAUAAAGAUGAUUUUUGAUCUAAGAACAUUUCGUUUAUAAGAUGAGAUUCAAAAAUAAAAAAAUCGUUUUUAUCAAUCUCCCUUAAAUUUGUAAUUGUGUGUUUUUAUUAAAUAAAAUCGUUUUUAUUAUCAA